CAAAGUGUCGUGGAUUGAAGCAGGCUACACACUAAACGCAUACCGUCAUGAAACCAAUCAUUCUCCAAGGACACGAACGGUCCUUGACUCAAAUUGUCUUCAAUGCCGAGGGUGAUCUCCUAUUCUCUGCGUCCAAGGACGUAGGUGUCAACGUGUGGUUCACCUCGAACGGUGAAAGAUUGGGAACGUUCAACGGGCACAAUGGAACGGUAUGGACCGUAGCUGUAGACUCUCAAUCCAGAUACCUUGUCACUGGAUCUGCGGACAACACGAUGAGAUUAUGGGACGUCCAGACUGGUAAAUGUCUGAAAGUCUGGGAGUUCUUAACGGCAGUCAAGAGGGUGGCGUGGAGCGAGGACGAUUCGAUGAUUCUCUCCAUCACUGAACAGCGUCAGGGUCAACAGAGUAUGCUGAGGAUAUACUCUAUCAACCGGGAAGACCCUACCAACCAAUCCAACACGCCCAUCAACGAAAUCAACAUCUCGACAUACGGACCCAAAGCCACCGUCGCCCUUUUCGCCCCCCUAUCCGAUGUAAUCAUUACAGGUCAUGAGUCAGGCAAGAUUGCAAAAUACGACGUCAAAACGGGUGAAGAGAUACAGAGGACCAAUGAGAGUCAUUUCGGAGAGAUUACAGAUAUCCAAUUGAGUCCGGAUGGCACGUAUUUCAUCACGUCAAGCAAGGACAAGACCGCCAAGCUGUUCGACGUCGAGACGCUCGACGAGAUGAAAGGUUACGUGACUGAAACACCCCUCAACUCGGCUUGCAUUGCUCCUUUGAGACCAUAUGUCAUCCUCGGAGGUGGUCAGGAAGCCAUGAACGUCACCACCACUGGUCAGCGGGCUGGUAAAUUUGAGGCCAGGUUCUGGCACAAAUUGUUCGAGGAGGAAGUUGGACGAGUCAGGGGACAUUUCGGCCCGAUAAAUACUCUCGCUGUGCACCCUCAAGGCAAAGCAUACGCAUCAGGGGCAGAGGAUGGAUUCGUGCGAGUUCACUGGUUUGACGAGUCAUACUUCCGGAGUAGACCGUUCGGAGAUCUCGAGCCGGAAGUCGAGGUAUGAGCAAGGAGCUGGAGGUCGCUCAGAGGAUGGCAUAUUGGCCCAAGUGUAGGCAUUCGAAAAUUGGAGCUGGUUGGCCUGUUGUGCGAAUCAGAGUGUAAUGUAUAGAUCUCUGC